UGGAGAAAACCCCUUCACCCCUCCACCCCCGCACUCGAAUAUGGAAUACUAAAAGCCAUCUGAGAUCACGCUCAGUCUAUGCGGGGCUACCCCCGGAUUUGAUGCUCGCCUCCACUGUUCGGUGCCGACGAAGCUAAACGUCGAAAUCUCUUAAAGGAGCUCAAUGACCACUUCGUUGCCUUGAACGACUGCAUGCCGUGUCUCUCUUGUUUUUCAAUCAACGCUGAUUCCUAUACUCAACCUCCAACAUGACGGCUUUCGGUCGUGCAACGGAGGACAGGCCCACGCCUCCAGAGGUGUACAACUGGAGAGUCUAUGCGGCCUCGUUGGCCAUUUCCAUGGGACUGUUGACCUACGGCUACGACUCGGCCUUUAUUGGCACAACCAUCACGCAGAAGAGCUUUAAGAGUGAUUUUGGUCUGGUCAACAUGACCAAAGUGCAGCAGAAUGCAGUGUCGAGCAAUUUGACCAGUAUCUACUCUGCGGGAGGAUUCUUCGGCGCCUUCUUUAUGUUCUUUUCCAUGGAGCUACUUGGGCGAAAGAAAACGGCCGUUAUAUCAGACGCGAUAUUUAUCCUUGGAGCCAUUCUUUGCACGGUUCCUACGCAUCAACUCGGUUUGAUCUACGCUGGACGACUUUUGACUGGUCUCGGUGUCGGUGGACUUGCGGCAGUCUCACCGAUUUAUACUUCGGAGAUAGCUCCACCAGCCAUCCGAGGCCGUCUGACUGGAUUCUUUGAGUCGUCCUAUCAGAUUGGCGCGGUGAUCGGCUUUUGGAUCAACUAUGGCGUUGUCCAUAACAUCAAUGGGAACGAUUCCAAGGCGUGGAGGAUUCCAAUGGCCGUCCAACUCAUCCCCGCUGGUCUUCUCGCCCUGAUGCUUCCGCUCGUCACGGAAUCCCCUGUAUGGCUCCUGAAGAAGGGUCGGGAUGAGGAUGCAUACCGAGUAUACAGUUAUAUCCGCAACCUCCCCGCUGACCAUCAAUACAUUGCCGAGGAUGUCUCCUUUGUCAAAGGGCAGAUCGAAAGCGAACGCGCGAUCAGUACCGGCGGCGACCUAAGCUUUACUGCGUUCUUGAAGGGUGCACUUAAAUUAUCGCUCAUGAAGGGGGUGAGGAAUCGCUUUGCCCUCGUCUUCUUAAUGUUCAUGUGGCAGGCGUGGUCCGGUGCCGCGGCCAUUAAUUAUUAUUCGCCCACGAUUUUUGCCUCGAUCGGUCUUACCGACGUCACCUUUUGGACUGGGAUCUAUGGUCUGAUCAAGGCAGCAGGCUCCAUCAUCUUCUUUACCUUUUUCAUCGACAAGUUCGGUCGCAAAUGGCCCUGGAUUGUCUCCUCCGUUUCGUGCGCCGUCUGCCAGUACUACCUGGCUGGCUACAUCGCCGUCAGCAAGCCGAGUCUGACUGCUCCAAAGUCCGCUUCCACUGUUUCUGGUGGUAAAGCUGCAACCGCCUUCAUUAUGAUUUUUGGGGGGAUGUGGAGUUUUGGCGCCAAUGGUCUUCCGUGGAUUAUUUCUUCGGAAAUCUUCCCUACCUCACUUCGAUCCAUCUCAGGACCUUUCGCCGCGAUGUCGGUCUGGUUGUGGACCUUCGUCGUGACGAAGGCCCUGCCUAGCAUGUUCACGAGCAUGGGAUAUGGGGUUUAUAUUUUCUUUGCGAGCGCCCUAAUUUGUGCUAGUGUGUAUGCUUUCUUUUUCAUCCCCGAGACCAAGGGAUUGCGUAUCGACCAGAUGGAUCACCUGUUUGGAGCCACCAGGCUAGAAAACGAUGCCUUAGUUGCAAAGGGGGAAGAAGUAUAUCCCCAGACCAAGGAAGAUGAAGUCCGAGCAGAGGUUGUUUAGCGCGCUGCUACUUGUAUUCUCGAUCUUAUCAUAUGAUAUGUCUAUAUAUUGUAAGGAAGAGGCGAGGUCCAUGCGACCAAAAAAACUGUGACGAGCGAUUUCUUGGAAGAAAUACUAUAGACUCCUAUAUAUCUUAGUGAGGAGUGUCGGGCACGUGACCCUGAGACAUAUUCCUAAUCCGUGGUCC